AGUUAUACUUUAUGAUCGAACGGUAACAUCUCUAUACAGGACGUUGUACAGGAAGUCAGAGAAAUAUUGUGCGUCAAAAAAUAUGAGGAUUACGUGGGGAUAGUUUCGUUUCAAAAUAUGGAACCGUGUUUGGAUAUUCAAACUGGACUUUUCAGAAAUAUGUAUACAGUUCUCAACAAGUUUAGGUGAAAUCAAAUGGGAUUACGGCAUUUGGAAAUAAGAAUGCCAUCAGGGUGGAGGAAGUUGAGGAAUAUAGUGCAAUGGACACCGUUCUUCCAAACCUACAAGAAGCAAAGAUAUCCUUGGGUACAGCUAGCAGGACAUCAAGGAAACUUCAAGGCCGGUCCAGAUCAAGGAACCAUCCUGAAAAAGCUUUGCGCGAAAGAAGAGAAAUGUUUCAAGAUUCUGAUGAAAGAUGUUCUAAGGCCUUAUGUACCUGAAUACAAAGGACUGGUAGCUAGUGACGACGGAGAGUGUUCCUAUAUACAACUACAAGACCUUCUGGGCGACUUCGUAACUCCCUGCGUGAUGGACUGCAAGAUUGGAGUAAGAACGUAUCUGGAAGAAGAACUAGCAAAAGCGAAAGAAAAGCCCAAAUUAAGAAAAGAUAUGUACGAGAAAAUGUGCCAAAUCGACCAGAACGCACCGACUGAAGAAGAACACAAAAUGAAAGGAGUAACGAAGCCGCGGUACAUGGUUUGGCGGGAAACCAUUUCUUCAACAGCGACACUCGGUUUCAGAAUAGAAGGAAUCCGCAGUGCGGAUGGUACUUCAACGAAAGAUUUCAAAACUACCAAAACCAAAGAGCAAGUUAUCGCUGCGUUCGAAAAGUUCACUGAAGGUUUUCCACAUGCAAUUCCUAAGUAUAUUCAAAGACUGAAAGCUAUAAAAGCAACCCUGGAGACUUCAGAUUUUUUCAAUUCACAUGAAGUAAUUGGCAGUUCGCUCCUCUUCGUUCACGAUCGUUACAACGCAAACGUUUGGUUGAUCGACUUUGCAAAGACUAUCGUUCUACCAGAGAAUGUUAAAAUCACUCACAACUCCAAGUGGAAAGUCGGAAAUCACGAAGACGGAUACCUCAUCGGUAUCAGUAACCUGAUAAAAAUAUUCAUGGCAAUGCUGGAACAGCAGCCAAUCACGAUAAGUCCACCUUUGACCCUACAUGAGCCGCCGGAAGUUGCCAAGGGGGCAGUAGAAAAGACUUGAAAGAGUUUGGUGACUCGGUAGAAAAUUGUAUAUUCCAGAAAUAUCUACUACUGAGUUAUAUCAGAAAUGUCUGGGGGGAUCUGGACAAUAAAAUACUAGGAUGCUGAAUUUUGCAAUGGGUAUCUUCGAGUUUUAGAGAAACAUAAUAACUUGUGAUUGGUAUUCUUCAGUUGAGUCUCUGGAAAAGAUAUAUAACCCAUUUUCAAAAACAUAAAUUUCAGAAAACGCAAAAUUUUCACUGCGUUGAUAAAUAGUUUGAUUAUCCAAUCAGUCUGUUUGGUUUUAAGAACUGAAUUUUCACAAAGAGUUAAACAACUUGCUCUUUAUGCAACAACUGACAUAUUUUAUGGUAACCAUCAAGAAUAUAUGAUUUUCAGGGAAAAACUUUUAUUUAGCAUCCUAUUAUUUCGACUUUUGGUUCAUUUUCGAACCAGUGAAUAAUUUUAAGACAGUUCCUUACCGUAUAGUAGGAAAUAAUUGUUAUCUCAAGGGGGAGUAGAUUACCUCACUAAUAAUUGUAUAUAAACAUUGUAUUUAUUUUAAUUUAUCUUCUGAAAGUUCAAUAUAUAUUUGUUCAUAUCUGUGUGAUUUCAAUGCACUCAUUUCAUUGCCAUUUUGUUUUAUAGAGUGUAAUUUGAGGACUGGAACCUAAAAACUAUAAUAUGCCAUAUAAAAUUACACUAUUAUGAUUGAUAGUAUGUAGUAUUUAGGUCUGACGUCAUUCAAUAUUUCUUUCACAAAGUGAAGUAAGAUUUUCUAUUCACAUUUCUCCCUGUGAAAUGAUGAAUUCAGAAGUGUUUUCAGCUUUAUAUAGCUUGAAUGUUGAACACGUAUGGUUUUUGUAUUCUAAACUGUAUAACGUCCACUUUCAGUCCAUUUCAAUAGUUAAUACCAACCUAUGCUGUGUGUUACACUUUGUGUGAAGAAAUUUGAAUUUGUAAAUGAAAAUUGACAUGUUAAUAAAUUUGAGAACUUUGCACUUCA